AAGUCCUUUCUAAACGACUCGUUCCGCCUCCGUCACGUGUCCCCUGGCUCCCCCGAUUGGACCGCCGAGCUGUCACUCAAUAGCUAGAAGUCGGUGCUGGCGGCGGUAAGCGACGUUGCCGCCACAGGUCGCCGUGUGAGUUCGGGGGAUUGCGGUUUGUUGGAUCUACCCGGGGACUUCUAUACCGACACGGAAAGCCUAUCUGCCGCCCAACAACCCCUCGAGCUGCCCAGUGUAUGGCGUUCGGAGCGUUGUAAAAAACUUUGUGUGUUCUGUGAGGAGAGGGAAAUGCCGGGGAGAACAGGGGCGAGGAGCAGUUAGAGGGGACCCUCCUCUCCUGCCGGAGGGCAGCGCUAGGGGGAGGAGGGGGCUGUCACCGUGAUCUUUACCUCACGCUUCCCGCCCGAACCCCCAUUUCCCUGCUCGGUUGGGCAGGUGGCCCCGCGGGCCCUGUCAGUGGACAUGUCGGCGAUAUCGGCGGCGGAGAAGGUGGAUGGAUUCACGCGGAAGUCCGUGCGGAAAGCCCAGAGGCAGAGGCGCUCCCAGGGCUCGUCCCAGUUCCUCGGCCAGGGGCCCCCUGUGGAGCUUUCUCCUCUGCCCGCUCUCAAAGAUGCCACUUCCAAUGAACAGCAAGAUCUUUUCUGUCAGAAGCUGGAACAGUGCUGCGUACUCUUUGAUUUCAUGGACUCUAUAUCGGAUCUGAAGAGCAAAGAGAUCAAGAGAGCCACCUUAAAUGAACUGGUGGAAUAUGUAGCUACAAAUCGAGGGGUAUUAGUGGAAACCGCAUAUCCAGAAAUCAUUAAAAUGAUUUGCUCAAAUAUUUUUAGAACUCUUCCACCAAGUGAUAAUCCAGAUUUUGACCCCGAAGAAGAUGAGCCUACAUUAGAAGCAUCAUGGCCCCACAUACAACUCGUGUAUGAGUUUCUCCUCAGAUUUUUGGAGAGUCCAGAUUUUCAGCCUAGUAUUGCAAAGCGGUUUGUGGACCAGAAAUUUGUACAGCAGCUUUUGGAUCUUUUUGAUAGCGAAGACCCCAGAGAGAGAGACUUCUUGAAGACUGUGCUGCAUCGAAUUUAUGGGAAAUUUCUAGGCCUCAGAGCAUUUAUAAGGAAACAGAUUAACAAUAUUUUUCUCAGGUUUAUCUAUGAAACGGAUCAUUUUAAUGGUGUUGCAGAAUUGCUGGAAAUACUGGGAAGUAUCAUAAAUGGAUUUGCAUUACCGCUGAAAUCGGAACAUAAGCAGUUCCUCAUGAAGGUCCUGAUUCCUAUGCACACAGCAAAGGGUUUGGCCUUGUUUCAUGCACAGCUAGCAUAUUGUGUUGUACAGUUCAUGGAGAAAGACACAACUCUCACAGAGCCAGUUAUACGAGGAUUACUGAAGUUCUGGCCAAAAACAUGCAGCCAGAAAGAGGUGAUGUUCUUAGGUGAAAUCGAGGAAAUUUUGGACGUAAUUGAGCCAACGCAGUUUAAAAAGAUUCAGGAACCUCUUUUUAAGCAAAUAUCGAAAUGUGUUUCCAGUUCUCAUUUCCAGGUUGCGGAACGAGCCUUGUACUUCUGGAACAAUGAAUACAUUCUCAGCCUCAUCGAAGAAAACAUUGAUAAAAUUCUACCAAUCAUGUUUGGUAGCUUAUACAAAAUCUCCAAAGAACACUGGAACCCAACCAUUGUAGCUCUGGUUUACAACGUGCUGAAAACCUUAAUGGAAAUGAACGGAAAACUCUUUGAUGAACUAACAGGCUCAUACAAAGCAGAGCGACAGAGAGAGAAAAAGAAAGAACUAGAACGAGAAGAAUUGUGGAGGAGGCUUGAUGACCUGCUGUUAAAGAAAGCUCUGGCUGACAAGCAGAACCCUACUCUCUGUGUGCAGAACAUACAGAACAAUGCAAGUGCCAAAUAAACACAUGAUGAUAACCUCUGCUCCGUAGGCAUAUACUUUUGUACAUGGCUUUUUUCCGCUAAUGUAAAGCAAGCAAGCAACCUUCUCAGUGUCACACACAGCCGCCAACUCUUUGGAGGGACUGGCUGUUAGGCAGGCCGGUAGCGAGCAUUGCAGGGCAAUAGGUUACAGGCCUUUCUGACAGCCGGAUAAUGAACCCGGUGUAAUAUUUUUUUUCCCAACAAUUUUUUCUAUAUCCAGUCAUUGAUUGCUGGGGAGAAGAAUUAAUUUUUAUAAUCUGUAAAAUAGGUAAAAUAAUUCCGGGAGUGGUAAGAAUUAUGACUUGAAUUCUUUAAUAUUAUUAUAUAUAUAUUAUUUUUUUGAUUGUGUUGCACAUAGGUGUGUUAGUCUGCUAUGUAUUUUUUUUUUUUGGCGUUUUACAUUUGUUUUUCUCAUCUGCAAUUCUCCUUUUGGAGGUUCUUAUCGAAAACUUAUGGCUCCUGGCAAUACUGUUUCUAUUUUCAAAUAAAAAAAAAAAAAAAAA